CUAGUAAUUGUAGUGUUUUGCUUUUUUUGAACUUUGAGAAAUUUGAUGAAUGUCAAUAAAUAAGGUUAAAAUGGACAGGAUAGAAUAAAAAAAAGAAAGAAUGCAUACGCAUUUCGAAGGUAUCAAAAGGGACGUGCAUGUAGCACAACGACUAUUAAGCUGAAUUUCAUUUAAUGAACAGGGGGCGCUGUAAAUCGUUGACUUAAUAGGAAGUUGUCUAUCAAGAUGAAAAUAGAAGAAGUGAGACAUUAAUGGUGAGAAAAUGGCCGCAUCUGGAGAUGGUAUACCAACCAUAAGCAAACUAAAAGAAAAAGUUUUAGAAAAUUUUCUGUCAUGUAUAAUCUGUACCGAAACUUUGGUAAAUCCACAUCAACUGCAGUGUCAACAUACAUUUUGUCUAACUUGUCUGGAGAAUUAUGUAGAAAAAAGUAAAUUUGUAAAUAAAUUUCCUUGUCCCAUAUGUCGAACACCAAUUACAAUAACUUCUGGAAAAUUAGACACGCAGUCAAAUCUUCUUAUUAAGAAUAUAUUAGUUUUCUUUUCCAAUAUCAAAGAGGAAAUUGUCCAGUCAAACUCUUUCCCGGGGUCUGUUAGCAAAUUUUGUCAACUAUGUGAGGAAGAGAGAGACUCCAGGUCCUACUGUCUACAGUGUAGUAACUGGCUGUGUGAGCCCUGCACUCGUGGACAUAAAAAAAUACCAAAUACGAAAACACACGAGCUACUUCCCCUCCAAGAAUAUAAUGAAGUUGUCUGUGGUCUUCUGUCUGAAAAAUGUUCUAAAAUCGAAGAAUUCGCCAAGUCCAUUGAAGGGUGUCUAAUUUCAUUACAGUCUGCAAAAGGUAAAACCAUAGAUAAUUUGAGUAAACUUCAAAUUGAGGUAAAUAAUCAGUGCGAGAUGUUGAAGGGGGCAAUUGAAAACUGUCGCCAGAAAUUACUUAAAGAACUGGACGGCAAAACUGGGGAAAUUUUGGAACAGAUACAUUCUAUCUCCAGUCCCCUGAAAAAUAUUCAAGAGCAGUUAGACCACAUUUCAUCCACCUACAAAAAUGUGAGUCCCACUCAUCUCGAUCAUAACCAAUUGGAUCAAAUGGAAAAUGCGUCACUUCUGCUGAUUGAUGAAUAUGGCCAAAUCAAGGAUAGAGUUGUCAAUGUCUUGAGUGUGCCCUCUUUGGAGUAUAAACAGGAUUUAGCCCACAUUGAGAACGCCCGUGGGAUUCCCCUUGGCCAGAUAUUUUUACGUCAGUCAGUAACAGAAAUCUCAGCCCCUAAUCAGGUCGGCGUAAUUCGACUAAUGCAACGGUCUUCUAGUAGUAAUCAUGUAACAAGCGUAGCUGUAUUUGACGAUAAAAAUUACAUAGCUGCAUCCUCAAGCGAACUUCUUCACUUUAUGGAUGGAAAUGAAUCAAAAAUCAAAAUUCAACAGGGGUUCAGCAAUUAUACUGUUUUUGGGGUGGCCAAAAGUAAGCAGAAACCCAAAUUAAUAUUUGUGACGGUCAUGGAACUUUGCCUGGGAACUGGUAAAGUCUGUGUCUAUAAGGAGAAUUAUAUGCAAUUCAAGCUAUCAGAGACGAUUGUAACAAAUUUAACCUGCCCUAGAGGUAUCGCGGUUGGCUCACAAGGAACUGUAUUUGUCUGUGAUCAGCACGAUAGAUGUAUUUAUAUGUUUACUGAUGAUGGAAGACUUGAUCGAAUAUACAAAAAAUCGAGGGAUGGCUCGGAUUUAUUCAUUGCACCUAUGUUCGUUACACAAAAUAUUAAUGAUGAUAUUAUUGUAUCAGACCAUGGUUCAUUCGUUAAAAUUCUCAGCAAAGAAGGUGACAUCAGGUUUACAUACAUAUCUAAUAAUCCGGGAAGUGAAUUUUGGGGCGUGACAACAGACAGAGAUGGAAACAUUCUAGUUGCUGAUCUUAAAUAUGGUAUCCACAUUCUGGACUGCAACGGAAAUUUCAAACAAUUACGUUCCGAUUUUUCCAGUUAUGUUCAACCACUUUCAAUCGAUCGUCAUUCAGAAUACAAUAGUUUUAUGAUUGGUACAUCUUCUGGAGAAAUAUUCUAUAUGAACUAAACAUGCAUUAUGUAAGAACAAAAUCUGCCUGUUUGCAUGUCUUUCUUUAGGCUUUAAAUGUUUUCUAAAUUAUUAAUUAGACAUUAAUUAACUGAUCGAGGCCAUAAUCAACUCUCGAUGGCAUCAGAUUUCUCCUAGAUAAGAACGAUUCAGCAUUAUUUUGAUUUAAUUUAAAAAUGGAAGAGCAAGACUUAGCUUCGAACAACCAUUACGGGGGUUGAAAUUAUUGCACGUCUUGUCAAACCUUCAAAGGCUAAUAUCUUCGCUCACAAUAAAGUAAUUUGAAUGAAAUUUUCAGAUUAUUCAUUUUACAUUAUCUGUUUUCAGAUUAUUACAGCAAGAAUGGCUAGCUCUUUACCUAAAUCUUACAUAAUGUACUUAUCUGUAACCUGUUAAGUGCGUAGGUCGUUAUAUAACAUCCUGGACAACUGCCACUCACUGUGUGUGUAUUUUCCCGAACCUAUUCUUAGAACAUAGUACAUAGUUCUUGGUCACUUCGUCAAAUUAAUUACACAAUAGGGGGUAGUUAACGUUUUAAAAACGUCGCGCUUAACUGGUUAAUUGAGAAAAUUAUAAGAGCUGUGCUUUAGUCUAACUUUUUAAACACUUCAUGAUUUUGAUUAUAUCUUGUGCCGUGAUACAAUUAAAUAAUUCAAUAUUCUCCACUUAUCUACAUCUGUUCUCAUGUCAUCAAAGGCUUGAUGCAUAAUUUGUAUUUUCACUAAAAUAUCCAAUUUCUCAUGCAUGGCUUAAUAAUACCUGCUAAAUAUGUACUCAGAAUAAUUAUUUAACAUUUAAUUAAGAAAACAAAAUCAAAAUACCAAUGCUAGAUAUUCUACUGGUUUGGAUUCAGUGGAUUGAAGCUAGAUCCAUUUUAUUGUACCAAUAAAAGCAUAGAUCAAUGAAA